CGCAAGCUCUGCUCUACCAAUGGCCCCGAGCCGGAGACCCAAACCUCCUCCCAACGCCCACCCUGAACCGCCAACCGGAGUCCCGAAAUCGAUCCACUCCGCUGGGCUCAUGCAGGCGGCGCAGCGCAUCCACCGAGUCCGGGCCAACCUACGGCUCCACGGCCCGCCCGCGCCGCCCACGAGGCCGGCCUCCGCGAGCUGGGCCUCCUCGACUUCGUCCGCCUCGACCUCCCCUCCUCCGGCGCCCGCGCCCCGACCUCGUCGCCGAGCUCAUCGCCAACCACAGAUCCGUCAACUUCGAUCUCGAGUCGAGCUCCGUCCGCGGCGCCAGGAUCGAUCUCUCCAUCGGCGCGUUCGCGGAGGCGCUCCGCCUCCCAUGGCCGCCUACUGAAUCCCCCCCGGCCGGCGGCGUGGGCCUCGCCGUCGAGUCCGCCGCGGCGGUGGCGUUCGCGAAGGUGUACGUCAUGGCGCAUAUAGAAGCUGCUGUCAGCAGGAAGCAACGUCACCUGCGGAGCGAUUUGUUGCCUAAUUUGGAGUGGGGCGGCGGCCAUGGGGUUAACUGGGCGACUCUGAUAUGGUGUGAAGCGAGGGACGAGAUGGCACACCUGGUUCAGAGGGACAGGAGUGACCAUGACUGCUACUAUGGCGCAUACCUGCAAAGGCUCAUUUGGUGGCAGAGGCCAGACCUCUUCCAGUUGCCGCUGGAGCCCGGCGCAUCGCGCGCCCAACAGCAACAGGCAAUUCGCACCAACCAAUCAGCUUCCGAUGAGAUCCAAACGCUCCGCUCGGAACUGCUGCUCAAGAUACAUCAGGUUGAAGUGAGAUCCAAGCAGAUCGAUUUGGCAUUAGAGAAGAUCGACGCCGCCUCCAAGGCCAUCGAUGCGACGUCCAAGAAAUUUGAUGCGAUAUCCAAGCAGCUGGAUGCGAGAUCAAAGCAGCUGGAUGCAAGGUCGGAGCAGCUUGGUGUGAUACCUGAACCAAACAUUGAGCAAGAAGGGGACGCUCACGCGCUCAAGCAGGUGCUGGCUGCCAAGGAGAAAAAAAGAAACGAUGACUUGCAAGACGCUUGGAAUGCUCGGAAAGUGCUGAUGUUGGCCUUGCCCUCGGAUAAGUCUACAAAUGCGCGUGCACAUAUAGGUGUCAGAUGGAUGGGUGAGCUUGACCCAAGAGCGUUUGCAAAUGCUUGCAAAAAUGCAGCACAACAGGAUGCACAAGUUAAUUAUGAUACUCUUUGCUCCAUGUGGCAAGAUGAAAUUGCGAACCCAAAUUGGCGCCCGUAUAGGGUAUUCACUGUUGAUGGUAAAGAGACGGUAUGUAGGCUGUAGAAUAUCUCAGCUACCAUUCCUAGUUUCCUAGCUUUGGUAGUUUCUAUUUUGUAACCUUGAGUCAUCUGUAAUACAAAAUAUAUUCUGAUCAAUUCUGCACAUUACAUCUAUCAUUCAAUUCCAUCUGGUUUUGCAAACAGUUUCUUUCUUUUUAUCUACUCGCAAAUAUUUCCAUGAUUCAUCUGAUAGUGCAUACUUACUUUGGCAUAGAGAAUUCUCUCCAAGGAUGACACCAAGCUUCAGAAGUUAAAAGAAGAGCAUGGUCAAGAAAUCUACGCCUUGGUAACAAAUGCACUGCUUGAGAUCAACGAGUACGACCCCUGCUGCCGCGUAGGUGUACCAGAGCUGUGGAACAAGAAGGAUGGUCGAAGAGCAACACUGGAAGAAACCAUCCAGUUUGUCCUUGAACAGAAGCAGUCAAACAAGAGGA